AGUCUCUGUUGAAUCUCUCUGGUUCUGGUUCACAUUCCGGUUCUCGUGGAUCAGCUGACCAGUCGGGCUGGUUUUGGACUUGUUGUUCUGGUUUCUGAAGUCUGGAUUUGGAUCUGUGAACCUGGAUCAGAUCUACAUCUGUAGAUCUGGACGUGGAUUAGACGUGGACUUGGUUUACUGACUGACUCUGGAGGAUCAGAUGAGCGGCGGGGCCUGCAGGACCUGAUCAUGCACACGAUCCACCGUCUGUGUCGAGUCUGCAUCGGACAGAACCUGCCCCAGGUGGACGUUGUUCGGGGGCCAGAUGGUUUUGGCUUCACGAUCUGCGGGGACUGUCCUGUGCGUGUCCAGGCGGUGGACCCCGGAGGGCCGGCACUUCAAGCUGGGCUCCGUCAGGGGGACGCGGUCCUGCAGCUCAAUGGACUUCCUGUAGAAACCUGGAAGUGUGUCGACCUCGCCCACGCCAUCAGGAGCUGUGUGUCUCAGAUCUCUCUGGUCGUGUUUAGAGGUUUACCUGAGCUCCGGUCAGGAGGUGAGGCCUGGCUCCGCCCCCCGCCAUGCACCCAGGCAACAGGCAGGAAGCUGCUGCCUCACCCCGCCCACAGUAAACAUGGCCGCCAGCGGGCUCAGGGUGUCCGGGCUGGUCUGGGGGCGCUUGGCUCUCUGUGGCGGGACAGGAAGGAGGAGGAGCCUCAGGACCAGCUAGCCGAGUUCUCGCCGUGCACCGCCACGCUCAAAGGGACCCGAGUGACAUCAUCACAGGGAGACAAUUACAUCAUCCUGUCACCUGUGGAUCCAGAAGGACAGGUGUACCAAGACCGGGGCGGGCCGAUGGGCGGGACUAUAGGUCGUCUGUACCAGACUCACCCCAGCAGGGGGCACCACCUCCUCCAGGAGCCGCGGCCCGGUUCCACGCGGCGCCCAUUCCCCGGCUGCACCUCCACACUGCCGCCGCAGCCCGCCACCUCGCAGGGUCCGCCCACUAACUACGGAAACUACCAGAACUGCACCAUCGUCCAAUCACAUCUGCCCUGCUCCACCUACGGAACAUACGUCACCCUGGCGCCCAAAACCCUCAUCUUCCCCAUCUUCGUCCAGCCUCUGGAUCUGUGCAGCCCAGACAGAACCCUGCUGAUGUCAGAGGAAAUGGUUCUCCACCAGGCCGACCUACUGCCUGCCAAGGUGACAGUGUUGAUCUACAGUGACCUGCUGCUGUUCACCAGAGAGGACGAAGCCGGACGCUGCAACGUCCUACAGAGUCCCCUGUACCUGAACACACUGCAGCUCAGAGAAGUGGCGUCAGCGCCGCUGCAGAUCUACUUCCUGCAGAGUGCGGCGGGCUGCUGGCGGUGUGUGUUCAGCCUGGAGGCGUUCAGCCUGGAGCAGCAGCUCAGAGUCUCCAUCUGUCUCCAUGACAACAUACAGAUACAGCUGGUCGCCACAGAGACGGGACGCCAACACCAGCUCUCAGACCUUCCCUCAGACUUCGGCCUCCUCUCUCUUGGUCAGUCUGACUUCCUCUAUCGUCCCUCCUCUCCUUACUCCUCCUCUGAGCCUCCCCUCCAUCACUCCUCCUCCACCUACUCCCCCCUCAGACCUGCUUCCCCCUCUCCCUACUCCCCCAGCUCUCCCCUCUCCUCCUCCACUCCUCCCCCCUUCUCCCCUCUCUCCCCGUACACCUCCUGCUCCUCCUCAGCUCCUCCCAGGACCUUCCCCGCCCCCCCUCAGCUCCUCCCCCCGCCUCCCCCCUCCUCCACCCACAGGAGUCCGGUGUGGAAGGAGAGGGGAGCGGAGGAGGAAGAGGAGAGGAGGAAGAGGAGGCGCGAGGAGCUGGAGGAGGUGGAGGAGCGGCAGCAGGGGGAGGGGGAGAGUGCCUCUGAAACAUCGGAGAGCGUGGGAAGAGUCUGGGGGCGGAGCCUCCUGCUCAGCCCGCUCCACUUCCACACCAAGGACGAGGAGGAGGAGAGUGAGGAGGAGGAGGAGGGAGGAGGUGCUGAGGAGCUCACUUUCAGACCUGCAGCUCUGCGCCGCUCUCUCUCUGAGGGUUCUCUGCUGCAAGAGCCUCGCUCGCCCCGCUUCCUGUCAGACAGCACCAUCUACCGCCUCACAGGCCCCGCCCCCUGCCUCACAGACCCGGUCCCUCGCCUCACAGGCCCCGCCCCUCGUCGCCCCUCCACUCACACCCUGAGGAACCAGCUGACCAGGGAGGGGGGAUCCCUGCACCACAUGCUGCUGCUGCUCAACGGCACCAAGGAUUCUGAGUUCAGAAACCUUCAACUGAAAAAGAAGACCAAGAGUCUGGCCGCUGACGUUCGGACUCGUCUGCCGUUUCUACGGCGAAGGAAGAACAGCCCCUUUAUCCAUGGUAACAGUUUGGAGAAAGCUCUGAGAAACAACAGGCCAUCUGUGCAGCAGGUUCUCCGGUGGGCAGACAGUCUGGAGGCUCUGCUGACCAAUCAGUAUGGUCUGGCGGUGUUCCGUCACUUCCUGCGGUCAGAGUUCAGCGAGGAGAACCUGGACUUCUGGUUGGCUGUGGAGAGAUUUAAGAGGACACGCCCCCUCAGCAAACUCUCUGCCAGAGCUGCGAAAAUCUAUGACGAGUUUAUUUCUACUAACGCAGCGAGACAGGUCAAUGUGGACUCGUCCGUCAGAGAGUCAACCAAUCAGGGCCUGCGUCUGGGCGUCCACCCCGAGUCCUUCCAGCGGGCCCAGGACCAGGUCUUUGGCCUGAUGGAGACCGACAGUUACCAAAGAUUCCUCAAGUCCCGCCUCUACGCCCAGCUGGCCAAUCACAGCUCACAGAUGUCCAAUCAGUGCGGAGCGGGCAGCAUCGCUGUUGGCUAAUCGUGAGCGAGGAGGAGGAGGUGGAGUCAGUCUGAUUGGCUCAUCGGUUCAGACAACCAAUGAAAGAAACGCUGCAGAUGCAUUAUGAGAAAUGUUGUUUUUAAUCUUUUUAUAUUUUUAAAUAGACACAUUGAACUUUAGUAUUUUUUUUUAAUAAUCAGUUCAUAUAAUUAAUUUGUUUUACAGAUUUUAACUUUUUAUUCCAACAUGAGAAGCUUCUUCCUGUUCAUUCCCAUGAAACAGUGAGUCAGGAGGCAGAGCUUAUCAAACCAAAAUGUUUCUAACGUCACUACAUCGAGUCGUACGAACUUAUUUAUUGUCACUUUUAUUUUUCUCACGUUAAAGAGGAAGCUUAGUAUGUUUUUAUUUAGUUUCAUGUUUUUAAAUAAUUUUGUUCCAAACAUUGAUGUUUUGGUUGAAUAUGCUUUAGUCACAAUGUUUUUUCCAAUAAGCUAAUGUUAGCAUGCUAACAGGCUAAGCUAACGUAACUUCAGUUUUUGAAGUUUUGUAUUGAAACAACAUGUUUAUUCCCUAAAACCACUAAAAUCUCUCUGUACCUGUCUGGUUUAGGUCAUUGUUAAUAAUCAACACAUUUAUAUCCAACAUGUGAAUUAAUGACGUGAUGCUAAAUGUUAGCAUGUUAGCAUUUAGCUGCUGACUGCUCGACUCUAUUCAUAUUGUAAACGUUUGACAGAAUAAGUUUUCUGUAUUACAAGAUUAUUAAAAUGUUUGUGCUGAUGAAGAUAGAAGCAUUCUACAAUAAACGUUGGACUUUUGGUUAA